AUGAAUGACAUCAAACUGGCUCUGCUGGGCAGCGAGGGAGCAGGGAAAUCUGCUGUCCUGGUGAGGUUCUUGACCAAGCGAUUCAUCGGGGAGUAUGCCUCCAAUGCCAACUCCUUAUACCGUAAAAGGCUCUCCAUUGAUGGCAGACAGUUGAACCUAGAGGUUUUUGAUCCAUGUUCUCAGGUGGAGGAGAGCAGAUGCAUUCUGGAGGAGCCAGUGGAAUGGGCUGACGGCUUUGUCGUGGUGUACAACAUCAGUGACCGCACGUCCUUCCUAAAUGCCAAAAACAUCCUGCGGCAGAUCAGAGAAGCCCGCACGGAGAGCUGCAAGGGUGAGCUGGAGGUGCCCAUCUGCCUGGUGGGGAACAAGCAGGACCUGUGCCAUGCCCGACAGGUGUGUGAGGAGGAGGGCCGAUCCCUGGCUCAGGAGAAUAAAUGCCACUUUCAGGAGGUGUCGGCAGCAGAGAACUACCAGGAGAUCGUCAACCUCUUCACCAAGCUCAUCCGCCAUGUGAUGGAGCACCUGAAGCACCGGGCUGACCGGCGGCGCUACAGUGGCUCUAAGUCCAUGGCCAAGCUCAUCAACAACGUCUUUGGGAAGAGGAGGAAGUCUGUGUGAGGCUGGUAGGGUGGUAAGGGACAGUGCCCACUGCAGGGCUGGCCCCUCAAGUGGCCUCAACCAGUCUUUACAGGGAGAGAUGGACAACUACCUUCUUGAUUAAGCUGGUCCUGCCACAUCCACCUCAUGACAAUGACCCUCCUGUGAAGGCAAUGA